CAAACCACACGACACCACCACUUGGGCACGCCUCUCUCCUCGUCCUCGUCGCCGUCGUCUGGUCUCCGUAUAUACAAAGGCCGGCGGAGGCGGCCGCGGGCGCCUUCCCCUCCCACUCCAUCCUCUCGGCACCAUACACGAAUCGCCGAUCCGGACCAGGGACCAUGGACGCCAACGCCAAUUGGCGCCCCACCCAGGGCUCCGACCCCGCCGCCGCCGCUGCUGCCGCCGCCGGCGUUGACCCGAACGCCCCCGCCGGAGGCGACUGGCGCGCCCAGCUCCAGCCCGAGGCGCGCAGCAGGAUCGUCAAUAAGAUAAUGGAAACUCUGAAGAAGCACCUGCCAGUAUCGGUACCAGAGGGACUGAACGAACUUCAAAAGAUCGCUGUACGAUUCGAAGAGAAGAUCUAUACCGCAGCAACCAACCAGUCUGAUUAUUUGCGGAAGAUUUCUCUGAAAAUGCUCUCUAUGGAGACGAAGACACAACAGGCUCCUGGAAAUGCUCAAGUGAUUCCAAAUCAAAACAACCCUGGCCAAGCUCCUGGGCUUCCACAAGGCAGUAAUCAAACACAGACAUCAGCAAUUCCCUUGAUGUCUCAGCAACAGGGCCGACAGCCAAAUACUUCUUCAUCUGUACAAGCUUCUUCACUCACUAGUAUCGGACAGAACAUGCCAGGUGUUAACCAAACAUCAACGAUGCAGAAUGUGUCUGUCAUGCCGCAGAACACAAUGAAUAAUGGCUUGAUGCAAGGCAGCUCUCAAGAUAUUUAUGCUGCGCAAAGGCAAAUGGCCGGAAGGCAGCAACAACAAUCACAGCAAUUAAUGUAUCAGCAGCAGCAGCAAAUGUUAAUGAAGCAGAAGUUGCAGCAGAAUUCACUUAUGCAACCACAUAUUCAGCAGCAGCAAUCUUUGUUGCAGCCAACACAGCAAUCAUCACAGCAGCCCAUCAUGCAAAUGCCGUCUGGCCUUCACCCUGGGCAGUCCACCGUUUCUCAGACGCAGCCAAUGGCCAUGCAGUCAGCUACACAAAGUGGUAUUCAACAGAAUCAACUGAAUUCCGUACAAUCUGUGCAAUCAUUACUCCAGCAACCUCAGCAAUCUGUUGGGAGGCAGCAGCAACAAGGACAACCCUCCAUGCAUCAGCAGUCUUCUAUUCAGAGUCAGCAGCCCAAUAUUCCAUUACAACAGCAGCAACAGCAGUUGAUGGGACAGCAGUCAAAUUUACAACAAAAUCAGCUAAUUGGUCAACAGAAUGCGGCUGUGGAGAUGCAGCAGCAGCAGCAGCAGCAGAGGCUACCAGUUCAGUCAAAUAAUCUUUUGAAUGUGCAGCAAACACAACAGAUGUUGAACCAGCAGUCUAUGCCUUUGCAUCAGCCACAACAAUUGGGCUCUCAGACAAACAUGUCAAGUCUACAGCAGCAGCAACAGAAUCAACAGCAGCAGCUUCUUGGAACUGUGAAUAAUGUUUCAAAUAUGCAGCGGAUGCAUAUGCUACAAACAAAGGCUCAGCAACCACAGCAGCAACAGCAUGCUCAGCAGCCAUCAAUGGGUUUGAUGCAACCUCAGUCUCAACACAACCAACUUCAACAGUCACAGCAGCAUCUUAUGGCGCAGUUCCAGUCUCAGCCUAACCAACUGCCACAGCAAUUGGGGAUCUCAAUGCAGCAAAGACUUCAAACGUCAGGUGGCAUGCUCUUGCAACAAAAUAAUAUGGAUCAGCCAAAGCAAUUUAUUCAGGCACAAAGGGGCCUUCAAGAAGUUUCAUCUAGUACAUCUGCCGACUCGACUGCUCAAACAGGCCAUGCAGGUGCAGGUGAUUGGCAAGAGGAAACUUAUCAAAUGAUUAAGAACUUGAAGGACAAAUACGCUGCAGAACUCAGUGAGUUGUUCAAUAAGAUCUCUCAGAAGCUGCAGCAAGUUGACAACACCAUACCACCUCUAAAGCCAUCUGAACAAUAUGAUAGAAUGAAGAGCUUUAAAGUAAUGUUGGAGCGUAUAUUACAAGUGCUGAAUGUGAGCAAGAAUGGUGUCCAACCGGGUCUGAGUGACAAAGUUCCUCAAUAUGAGAAACAGAUUAUUAAUAUCUUGAAUUCGCAAAGAAGGAAGCCUCUGCAGCCACAAGUACAGCAACAGUUCCAGUCACCUGCAGGACAAGCUCCUAAUUCUAACAUUUCGCAGCAACAACAGCCUUCCCAAAGUUUGCAGCAGCAUGAUAGUCAUACUAAUCCUCAAGCAAGCUUGUCAAGUAUGAGCACCGGAUUACAGUCCUCUAGUGCAGCUGGUAUCCAGCAUGUACCUGCGCCUCCAGCAACAAACUUCAGUGUCCCAACACAGCAAAAUGGUGCAAACGUACAGCAGCAGCAGCAGCUGGCUGGCUCUAACUUGGAGGCUGCUCAAGGAAGCAAUUUUAGUUCUUUGCAGCAUGGUUCGAUGAGUGGCACAUUACAACAGGGAAGCACUGGGCAGAUGCAGGGUACAAUGAAUACACAACUGCAGACUAGUAGCAUGUUAUCUCACAACUCAAUGAGUACGAUGCAACCUAAUGCUAAUUCCAUGCAAGCAAAUGCAAGUUCAUUACAGCAGAUGAAGCAGCAACAGCAGGAUCAUCAAAUGAUGCAGAAUCAGCAAAUGAAGCGUCAGAUGUUUCAACAAUACCAUCAAAAGCAAAUGCUUCAACAGCAGCUCCCAGUACAGCAACAGUUACAGAAACAGCAUCCAGUACAGAUGCAGAUUCCACAGCUUCAUGCUGGAAAUGAUGUAAACGAGUUAAAGGUUAGACAAGGAACUGCAAUGAAACCUGGAAUGUAUCAACAACACCUCGGCCAACGCAGUAACUAUUAUCAUCAGCAGUUGAAACAGGGUGCUUUCCCUAUUUCGUCACCACAAAGCCUCCAAGCAUCAUCCCCACAAAUUUCGCACCAUUCUCCUCAGGUUGAUCAUCACAAUUCGUUGCAAUCUCAAGUUAAGACUGGGACACCAUUGCAUUCAGCUAACUCACCAUUCGUUCCAUCGCCAACCCCAUCUGUUGCCCCGUCUCCUAUACCGGUGGAUUCAGACAAACCACUCUCCGGUAUAUCUUCACUUACUAAUAUUGGGCAGGCUGGACAUCAGCAAACAUCCCUAGCGCCACAUACACAAUCAAUUGCCGUGAACACACCAGGGAUAUCAGCAUCGCCUUUGCUAGCAGAAUUUACAAGUGCAGAUGGAAGUCUGGCUAACAUGCCGACUCAAGCUCCAAUUAAAUCAAGUGCAGCAGAAAGGCCUCUAGAUCGCUUACUUAAAGCAUUGCGAACAACACAGCGCCCAUCUCUUAAUGCUGCGGUUAGUGACAUACGGUCUGUUGUCAGCAUGAUCGACAGGAUUGCUGGGUCAGCACCCGGUAAUGGUUCGAGAGCUGCUGUUGGUGAAGAUUUAGUUGCUAUGACGAAGUGCCGGUUACAAGCCAGGAAUUUUAUAACAAAUGAUGGAAGUGGUGCAUCGAAGAAAAUGAAGCGUGAUACAAGUGCCAUGCCUCUUAAUGUGUCAUCAGCUGGAAGUGUGAAUGAUAGCUUCAAGCAAAUAUUUGGUGUUGACACCCCAGAUCUACAGUCAACUGCAACCUCGCGUGUGAAGUGGCAAAAAAUUGAGGUAAAUUAUGCUCUCAUGGAGGAGAUCCAGGAGAUAAACCAACAGCUCAUAGAUACAGAACUCCGUGUAUGUGAGGACGAUGCUGACUCAUCCGCUGCUACAUCUGAAUGGGCGGAAGGGACAGUUAUCAAAUGCACAUAUACUGCUGUUGCUGUUAGUCCGAGCUUGAAGUCCAUGUUUGCAUCUGCCCAGAUGAGUCCAAUUAUGCCAUUGAGGUUGCUUGUUCCUGCGGGCUACCCUAAAUGCUCCCCGGUGCUCCUUGACAAAUUUCCCGAUGAACAAAGAAACUCCGAUGACCUGUCUAGCAAAGCCAAGUCGAAGUUUGGGACAUUGCUGCGGGGUCUAGCUGAGCCCAUGUCACUACAAGAAAUUGCGAGGACCUGGGACGCUUGUGCCCGGAAAGUCAUUGAGGAGUAUGCUCAGAAAACUGGUGGAGGAAGUUUCAGUUCGAGCUAUGGCUGCUGGGAGAGUUGUGUAGGUGCAUAAGCCGUGUCUUAUGUUGCAUGACCGCCAAGUGCAGUUGCCAUUGGUUAUAUUUUCUACAUAUACACACAUUAAUUUAAAGGUCGAGCAACGGUACAGUGGCUACUUGUGCUGUAUCUGUGAUUAUAUUUGUGGAAGUGCUCACUGUUAGCUUGAUAUGUUAGGGCAUUUUUGUGCAAUACCAUGCAUAUUGUAAGUGGCUGUGAGUAAAUAUUAUUGUUUAUCAUAAUGAGCAUGAGCAGUUUCUCAAA